AUGUGUUUGCAUAAUUUCCAAAGAGAAAGCAGUUUGAAGAAGCAGAAAAUUAAGAAGUGGGAGUGCUUUGCAAUUCCCAGAAGUCAAAAAUUUAUUCAUCAUGAUAACCUCUUAUCUGUUUCUUUUAUAUCUUUUAGUGACUUAACACUUCAUGAAUCUCUUGGGAAAGCUUCAUUUGAUGAAUAUUUGGAAGAUAAACCCAGAUUGAUCAAAGCAACAUUUCCUGGAAAAUGUCAACAGCUCAACCAGGAAGAGUGGAGAAUUGAGACACCAAAAAUUCAAUUGUUGUUCCUCAAGAUAUGGCCAACAGUUGAUAUGAAAAUAAUCUCCAAAACCAAUGGAGGAGAAGCAUAUCCAUGUGAUGUUCCUCAUUACAUCCCAAAAGUUCUUCACUUUGAAAUGACAAAUUGGGAGAUCAAUGGUAUCAAUAAAGACUAUAGACCAUCUUCGGCCAAUGUUUGUUCUCAUGGAGUUAUAUAUAGAGAAAAAAUAGGAACAAGAAGCUGCCUUAAGUUUCGACUUGUAAUUGAUCUCAGCUUUCUUGUACCGGAUGCGCUCCAUUUCGUUCCUAAUGACGUUUUACGGGGCAUGAUCAUGACGGUUAUUAAGGCAAUGGUUGAGGACUUGAAGCAUACAACUAUACGUAAAUUGGUUGAGGAUUAUAGUAAGUUUAGGAAGGAGCAAUGUUAA